UGAAGUGAAUGCAUGUAUUGUUGACUUGACUGACAAUUGAAAAUAAAUUCGUGUGAAAUUUAUCUCUUAUUUUUUUGUAUUUUAUAUAUUAUUCAGAAGUUAUAGAUAUUUUCAGUUUUAAUUUAGAAAAUUCGUACACUAAUAUGGGUGAUCACGAUGAUUUUGAAGACAGCCAGUAUCCGGAUAACGAUGAAUUUAUCCCGUAUGUAACCGGCAGUAACCUAGCACAAAGGAGUGGCGCGAAAGUGACUCUGUGGGGAAAAGUUGUCAAAGUUACCGCUAACGAAGGAUUUUAUGUUAAAACUGUGGAUGACCAAGAGGUCCUUAUAAAGUUGAGGAAGCCUUUAGAUGAGCCUCUUGAGGGAUGGUACGAGAUCUCUGGUGUGUCUCAGGGGAGAGGUGUUCUCUGUGAUGAAUAUGUACACCUACCUGAUGAAAUAUGCAAGAAUAUCGACACAGAAGGGCACAAAGGCCUUGCGAGAUUGCUGGUUGCUUUGGAUGAUCCUUGGAAUCUUGGUGAUAAUGGUUCUAAUAUGAUGGCAGGCAUUGAACCAAUGAUGGAAUGAACAUGAUAGCAGGCAUUGAACGAAUGAUGGAAUGAACAUUGUUUAUGUACAUUAUUAUUUAAGGAAUUAAAAUCUCAUUUUUAUUA